UGGGGGCAGGGGUCUGAGGACUCCCCCCUUCCCCUCUGGGGUCUUCCCCAUCUCCCCCGGGUGCCCCCCAAACUCCAGGUCAGCGCCCGAGGACCAUCCCAUCCUCGGGGGGAGGACAGGUGGCAUGAGCCUCGGUUUGGAGGAUGAGCAGAAAGGGGGUGCACUCGUCCAUGUCACCCAUUUUACCGCUCCGAGAGCCGCAGCCGUUGGAACCGUUGGGCGUUUUUCCCUUCCCGGCCUUGAGCGCCGGAAUGGAAUUGCAGGCGAGGAUGUUCCCUUGGGAGUGGGAUUUCUGGUCCAGGGGCUGGUUAUCUGCGUUGGAGAGAAAAGGCAGGCAGGGCCAAGCCAGGACGGAUGGGUGUGCUGGAAUAAAUGGCAAAUCAUCCCGGCAGUGAUGAUUUUUAGGAGGGGCCUACAGAAUGCCGGAUGGAACAAUUCACUAGCUGGAUUGGUCACUUCCUGCUGAGUCAGAGGGCACUUGAAGCAGGAAAACUGGCCCUGCCAUCUCUUCCCAUGGAGGCGAGGGCUCGCGUCAAACACAGGCCCCACCAAGGCACAGCCACAAGCAGAGGAUGACAGGGCGAUUCUGGCCGCUCCCAACGUUUUCACAGCCUCCUCGCCUCCCCACCUGCCUUGGCUGGUCAGAGGGGGUUGGGGGAUCCUGAAGCAGCACCCCCGCCAACCCUCCCCCAAGCAGGAAAACGCUUCUGGCCGCCAAGAUGACCACUCCGCUACCCGAGGAAACGCCCGAGGCCCAGGCGUCGGACGAGCUGGAGUGCAAGAUCUGCUACAAUGGCUACAACCUGAGACAGAGGAAGCCCAAGGUCCUGGAGUGCUGUCACAGGGUCUGUGCCAAAUGCCUCUACAAGAUCCUCGACUUCGGGGACUCCCCACAGGGCAUCAUCAGCUGCCCCUUCUGCCGCUUCGUUACCUGUCUCCCCGACGAUGAGGUGAGCAGCCUGCCCGACGACAACAACAUCCUGGUGAACUUGGCCUGUGGCGGGAAGGGCAAGAAGUUUCCGCUGGACAACCCCACAGAGCUGGUGCUGACCCCCAAGAGGCUGGCCUCUCUGGUCAGCCCAUCCCACGCCUCGUCCAACUGCCUGGUCAUCACCAUCAUGGAGGUGCAGAGGGAGAGUCCCCUGUCCCUGAGCUCCACCCCCAUGGUCGAGUUCUACCGCCCCACAAGCUUUGACUCCAUGGCCACCGUGUCACAUAACUGGACCGUGUGGAACUGCACGUCCCUGCUCUUCCAGACCUCUAUCCGAGUGCUCGUGUGGUUGCUAGGAUUGCUCUACUUCAGCUCCUUGCCCUUGGGGAUCUACUUAUUGGUGUCUAAGAAAGUCACCCUUGGGGUCAUCUUCGUCAGCCUCAUUCCUUCGAGCCUCGUUAUUCUUAUGGUGUACGGUUUUUGCCAGUGUGUAUGUCAUGAAUUUCUAGACUGUAUGUCCUCUCCCUCUUAAUGGGCCCGGGAGUGCAGCGAAGACAUUUCUCAGUCACACUCACAUGCAGACGUGGGCAUACCCACGCCACCUCUCCUGACCCGCCUUGUCAUAUUUGUAGCGUAGCUAAUUUAUUCUUUCAUAUUCUUACUUAUGAUUGGUGCCCGUGUCAUCCACCAAAAAGAUGGGCACGUUUUUAUGGUCCUGUGUUGGUUUUGUUUUUGGGUUUUUUGCUGUUUCUACAUCAGCCUUUGUUAUCCCAUACGUUUUGCUAACACUUGGAAGGAAAUAUUUUACACAACUCUUUUGGAGGCUAGGCUUUAGAAGGGAAGCAAAAGUGCCUGAGUAAACCCUUAUUUGGAGGUUAAAGAGAUGUGUGGGGGGGGGGGUUCUUCUGCCCAGCGACAAGGGCCUGUGAUUUCUUGCCUCCCAACCCCUUCCCCCAGAUAAGGGAACACUUCAGACAAGGGGUACUGUUUAAUUCUGCCAUGGGAGGUUGUAGAAAGCCCCAUGGCUGCAUCUACAGCCCCCCACCUCCCACCCCCUUCAUCCUUGAAUGGUCUCUCCCAGCACUCCCUCACAAAUAUUUCUCAUCUAAGUUAUCCAGCUCUGGGUUCUAUCCCAUUCCUUCUCCCCUCUGUAUUUUCAUGGCAAGAAAACACUUAGUUUCCACCCCCUGAGUUUAUUUCCCUUAAAUACCCCGACCUCCAUCUCUUCUCCCCCACAGAGCAAUGAGACAUUCAGACCAGGGAAAGUAAGCGCUUUGCUUUGCCAUCCUGAGUGUUAGGCAAUGAAUGGCUUGGAGCUGUAAACCAGAGAGUAGGGAUGAAAUAAGCAGUGUGAAAUGUUGUUGAUGAUGUACAAGCAGUCCCUGGGAAUUAGCAGCCGGGAGACAAGGUGUUCAAAAAGUGAGCGCAAGGUUAUUCUCCAAGUUUAUUUCAAAACCCACGUUAGCGUGGUGCCCUUUUCCUAGACAAUGGCAAAGUUUCCUGUUAUUUGUAUUUAUGGGAAGAAACAGGUAGCAGAUUGUAGGUUUUGAUAGAUGUCUGUCAACAAGAACUAGUUACGUGGUGGUUAAAAGCAAUUUACUUCCUCGAACAACCCACCAUUGGUGAUUAGCAUUAAAAUGUUUGCGCCUAUUAGGAGGUCAUAUGAAUAUGAUAUGACGUUUAUUUGCUUGUCAUGAAACGCUGGUAGUAAAUUGAGGUGGUAGUUACCAUUGUUACUGUAGACCCAGUUCUGGUCUGAUUUAGGUAAACCUGACACAUUCCUAGAAGAGUGGAAACGUUGUACUGAAGCUGUGAUAAUUGUUGUGGCUUUCGGAACACUGGUCCCUAGGUACAUAUCACCUAUAAAGACCUGGCAGACUUGAGCCUCUAGGUGUGACUAAAUCCAUUUUUGAAUUCUUUUAAACACAAGUCUAAAUAGUUAGCUAUGAAUGCAGUCUGCUGGGAAGGUGUUUGGGCUUGUAGAAAAUGUGCAAGAUGAUGUGGAUAGGAUUGCAUAUGCUAAGAGGGCUUUUUCUGUUCAUUUGGUAUGUAGCAUUACAUUAAAUAAAUGGGUGAGCGAAUCUAUGAAGACACUUCUAAAAUGCUCUGGAAUUGUAUACUCUGUGUUUAACCUGUAAUGUGUCUGCAGUGCUAAUUUAUGUGUUUUUCCAUGUACUGUGGUGGUUUUCUUUAGUUACAAGUGAGCUGACCUGCACUCAGAGGCCGAUUUUACCCACUGAUUUAAAACAUAUUAAUGGAUCGCAACAACAACCUCUCUGUGCCGUUGAACAAAUGAAGAAAGGACAAAUGUCUCACUAUUUUGAACACCAUGAUGCUGUUGGUUGGCCAUUAAACCAUGAUUCUUCUCCACAUGGAAGUUUGAAUUCUCUGAUAAAAAGUUGAAAUUAUUUUGAACCCGUGUGAAAUGUUACACCUUUCCAAACCUGUGUAAAUUUGCAGCAGCAUUGAUUAAACAAUUAUCCUGCCACUCAUCUGAAAAUAGGGUCUUGUUAAAUCCUCCCAUAAAGUGUCUGCAAAUCAUAGGGUCUUGUUAAAUCCUUCCAUAAAGUGUCUGCAUAUCUUACCUCUCUUUUGGUUGAGGCAGAGAGGAAA